AUGGAGACACCAAUUGAAGGCUUACCGCUGCUAUACCUUCGUCAGACAGUGGCUCUGGUGGUGCUGGUGGCGAGGGCGGGGUCAAAUCCCCAUGGCGGCUAUAACUACCAGGAACCGGUCGUACAGGGGCCCCGGUACUCCUCCCAGUAUGUGUACCAGUGGGACGUCAACGAUAAAUCAUCAGGCAACUUCUACGGUCAACGGGAGCAGAGAAGAGGAGAAAAUACCCAGGGCAGCUACUACGUGCAGCUCCCCGGCAAUCGUCGCCUGAAGGUGGAAUACUCCGUCGACGACUCCGGUUUCCGCCCCGUCGUCACCUACGGGGCGGGAGGCCAAGGUUCCGACGGUGGUCAAGGAUACUCUUGA